AUGAGCCGGGUGGGCAAACGUGCCUACCAUCAGGGACCGACUGCGCCAAUCUUCAUCGCACAUGCCAAACUACAUGUGGAAAGGCAGACUCCUUUGAUUCUCCUUGAAAACGUACAGGACCUCAAUGUGGCCAUGGUGGAGUAUCUGUACGGCAGGCACUAUGUCCUGCAUCCGUUCCGGGUGAAUCCUGGAGAUGUGGGCCACGCUGCGGCGUCCCGCCCACGGUUGUACAUCAUCCUGGCACACAAGCAACGGGUCGUGGAGACUACGGAUGUGGAGAUGCUGUUCCAGCGCGCGACAUCGAUGCUCCGGCGAACUGCGCAGACGCAGGUGCAGGACUACUUCGUCGCCAACACCCACGACAUGUAUCUCGAGGCUUCUGCCACUGCAGCGCAGCGGAAGAAACGCUACAACAUAAAGGCCAAGUCGUGGAAGUACCUUCUCAACGAGCGCGAGAAGAAGACUUUGUCAGUGCUGACGAAGCAGUACAGGAAAAAGUUCAAGCGCAGUGCAGACACGGACCCCAACUUGGUGAUCUUCUUAGGGGACAACCCAAACCACACUGUGGGCUGGUCUGCUACAAGCGGAAAGGUGCCAACACUACGCAUGAACACAGGAAAGAUGUUUGUGCCCAGCCGGCAAAGAUGGAUGACCCCACGCGAGAAGCUCACCUUGAUGGGCUUCCCGGUGGUGCCUCGAGUGGCUCUGGCUAUGGGGGUCCCAAUGUUGCCCAUCACGGACCACAGCAGAGCCGGCCAGGUGCUAGGAAACUGUAUGCAUUUUGGAUGUGUUCUGCUGAUGGAAUUCCUAGCUCUCACAUGUUUCUCACCCCGUGGUUGUUCCUCGGGCAGAGCUCGCAUGGUACAGGUGUUGCCAGAUCCCGACAGCGAGGCUGAAGAUGGACUCUGCACAUAG